AUGUUACGCUUCUUCUCGUGUCACUUCUCUACGCUGCUCUUGGAGGAUGGAUUAAUCACUGUGAUCAGGUACAGCGACCAUACUAUCGACGACACCAUACUGUUAGAAAGCGCUAAAACAAACUUCACGCGCUUUGUGGCUUCAUUGAAUUCGCCUCGAGGUCCAAUCCUGGAGGAAAGGUUUACCCGUUUCGUUGACGACUUACACGAGAUCUACGCAAGAACUCCUUUUCAGUGGAGCCGUGAUUUCACCGGGUCCAUACACAAUCAUCCGUUGUCUAAUGUCACAUGGAAUCUGUUCUUCGCUGCCACAACACUCACAUCCAUAGGUUACGGCACUGAUGCUCCAGCCUCUCCUGUGGGACGAAUAUUUUGUCUUGUUUAUUUGUUUUUUGGAAUACCUCUCUAUCUCAUUACCCUUGCAGAUCUGGCAAAAUUCUGCACCGAAUUCAUGAACAAAAUUUAUAUCGACAUUAUAAAAUGCAAGUACAGAGUGAGGCGGAAAUACAGGAGAUGGAAGUAUGGACGAGGUCGACGCGAUUCCAUCAAGAUUGGGCAGGUGAUCAUUGCAGGCGGAGAAGACGAGGUGGCUGAAUUCUUAUGGACACAUUUAGAACAUGCUCAGUUCGUGGAAAUCCCAUUUCUUCUGAUUAUUGGUGUUUUGCUCGUCUAUAUUGCUUUUGCCUCGUACAUAAUUUCGAUAAUCGAAGGUUGGCGGAUUUCUGAUGGGUUCUACUUUAUGAUGAUCAGCGUGUUAACAAUUGGCUUUGGUGAUCUUGUGCCUCGUAACGAAACUUUCAUACUUCUGGUGUUGUUUCUGAUACUUGUGGGUUUGGUACUUACGACGACUUGCAUAGAUGUCGUCGGAGCAUACUAUAUUGAUAGGCUGCACUUCUUCGGCAGAAGGCUGGACGACGAUCCUCUUUCUUGGCUAAAAGAAGUGCAACAGCGACGAAUCGAGGCUAUGAAGAGAGAAGCCAUGCGUAAACUUUUCGAAACGGUCACUGCGCUGCAUCACAUCCGUUUCACAGACUGUCCAGGGAGCCCUAGGAAUCUCAUCGCUUCUCAUGCAACAGCCGAUUCAGUACUUUUGAGAUGGAGUCCGCCACUAUAUGUGGACGAAGGGAAGCGCUAUUGGUACACACUCACCUACAAGCCAAGGUUUAUAGCUACAAUGUCUCCAAAAAGCAGCUUUUUAUAA